GUGUUAGUGGGUAAAGAGAGAGAGAGAGAGAGAUGGCAUGGUCUCAUGACGACCGUAUUGACAUCACUCGGGUUGGAGAAGCGCGAGGAGGAGAGGAGAGGCGCUCCCGUUAUUAGACCAGGGCUCGCGGUCACGCUCACUCCUGGAGAUGCACGCGUUGCUGCGAGACAAACUGAUAAACUCGAGGGGAGAGGCAACGAGGCGCUGCACUCAGGAGUACCGCUGCGCGAAUAGACCGAACCAGGGGCCACGAGCCAGCCAAAGCAUGACUGCGCAUCUUCUGCGCUUGGAUAUACUAAACACUCGCACACAUUCCUACCAAACCGAGAUAUGAGCUCUAGUAACGGGGAAACACGAGGAAACUGAAACAGCAAAGCAACGACUCUGGGUGAUGGACUCAAUGCGCAACUUGGAAUUAUGUUGGACACGGUUUUGUUUUCAUAAAUUAAAGAACUUUUUUUGGCUACAUUGAGGACGUGCUCAAGUUACAACAUAAAGACUAACUUCCUAGUGCCAUUCAGAAACAACUUAUUAUUUAAGAAGUACACUUUACUCGAAUAAUGUGAGAACAUAUUUUGGUAACACGCCAGUUAGUCUGCUGAAGCUCAACCAUUGUAUGAGCUACAUCUGUUCAAACCAUAUUUGUUAGAAUAAUUUGUUUUUAAAUUAGCCUACAUGCAUGCACAGCUUGUAUAUGCUUAGAUAGCCUUGCUGUUUGCGUCUGCUAAGAGACAGCGGGGUUUUGAGGGAGAAAAGGUGCGCGCACUGACAUCUGACGUGGUUAUCCUACUGAGGAAAAGGUGGUUGUAACCUGUUCCCAAUCUCGCCUGUGACGCCUUGUAUCAUAGUCAGAAAUUAGAUUGAAAGGCUAUUUCUGUAACCGCCCUGCAAUCACGUUCCGCCUCUUUAAAAUAUCAAAAUAAUCAAGCAGCUGUGAGAUUACAAUCCAUUCUGUUUUGUGUGCUGGACUACUUUUAAUUGUUUGAGCGGUUUAAAUUCAUACUGUAGGUAUUCCACAUAGCCCAGAUCGACGGGAAAUAUAUUUGCGCUCUACUGUAUUCAUCGCACUCGAAUAGAAAACCAUUGACCACUGGCGCACUCCAUUGGCAUAGUUUAGCGUUUGACUGAUUAGAAUGGACUUGGAUGAUGAAAUUGGAAGGAGAAGGUGAAUGAACUGCGAUAACACGUAACACGAAAUUAUGACUUUUUAUAGGCUGUAGAAAGAUCAGUUAUAGGCUAAUAUUUUCCCCCUAAACUUUUCAGUGAAUGCUUUGACAGCAACAUAAACAAGCUCAGCUAUAGGACUACUUUUUUUUAAAUAUAAUUUUACCUCAGCCAUCCUCAAGGACUAUAAAACAAACAUAUUGAUUACUACAACAUUUUAUGAACCACCAUCGUGUUAGUCAUGGCAUCACCCUUGGAUAGUGCAUGUUCAGUGGAGCUGGGCAACACUAAUAGCUCGACCAGCGGUUCAUCUCUUCCCUGCAAUCAGAGCGUCUCUUCCCUGCAACUGGCCCCUUACUCCCCCGAAGCCACGGCGCUCUUUGCUACGGCUAUCACCCUCAUGAUAGUCUUUACCAUCGUGGGAAACAUCUUUGUCAUCAUCGCAGUCCUGACCAGCCGUGCACUCAGAGGACCACAGAACCUGUUUUUAGUGUCGUUAGCAGCUGCGGACAUUUUAGUGGCAACCCUCAUCAUCCCGUUUUCCCUGGCCAAUGAACUGCUGGGUUACUGGUACUUCAAGUCUCUGUGGUGUGAGAUCUACCUGGCGCUGGACGUUCUGUUCUGUACUUCCUCUAUAGCUCACCUGUGCGCCAUCUCAUUAGACCGUUACCUGUCCAUCAGCCGGGUUACCUACUCUCGCCAGCGCACACCCAUGCGUAUCAAAGCCUCCAUCGUGGUGGUGUGGCUCAUCUCAGCCAUCAUCUCCUUUCCUCCUCUCCUGUCGCUGAAUAAGAGCGAGCCAGGUGGCGAGGGUAGUGAGAGGGGGCCUCAGUGCCAGCUGAACGACGAGCGCUGGUAUAUUCUCUACUCCACUGUUGGCUCCUUCUUCGCCCCUUGUCUCAUCAUGAUCCUGGUCUACAUGAGGAUCUACCAGAUCGCCAAGCAGCGCACACAGAACCCGCCAGGCGAGCCCAGGAAGGAUGGGGUGGGCUGUGCCACCCCAAGUCAAACCCCUCGGGGGAACCAAGCCAACGGGAAGGAGGAGGGAGGGGAAACCCCAGCUAUUCCCCAUAAAACUUCCAGCAUCAGACCACCCACCCUGGCUAUUACUCCAUCACUGUCCCCUGACCAGGCCAAUGAGACCCCCCCCUCUUCUCCCACCCCCAAUAACCUUCUUCAUCCUCCGGAUCCAUCCCUAGCUCCAACCCCAACCACCACCUCCCCUCCUACCUCACCCAUGGGUCCCUCACACUCCUCAGUCUCUCCCUCUCCCUCCUCCACCAUUCCCCCACUUUCCCAGGCCAAACCCAAAGAUGGGGAGAAGAAGGGGAAGAAGGGUAAGAAGGGGAAAAAGUAUAACAAUAAUGGGGAUAGCUCAAACAGCUCUGACAGUGACAUGGAGCACGAGGGAGGGGGGAGGAGGGGAGUCAACACCCCUAGCAUGGCGGGUUCACCUGGCAUCCACUCCCCUGCCACCAUCCAGAAGUACAGGGACAUGAUCGCCACAUCUAAGGGGGCUCUGCUGGUGGCGGGGAGGAGGUCUAAGCCAGACACCACUCCAGGAGCGGCACGUCGUAAAGCCAUGGUGAACCGAGAGAAGCGUUUCACAUUCGUCCUGGCCGUGGUGAUCGGAGUGUUUGUCGUCUGUUGGUUCCCUUUCUUCUUCUCCUACUCACUGCAGGCCAUCUGCCCUGAGACCUGCGCCCUCCCUGAUCCCCUCUUUAAGUUCUUCUUCUGGAUCGGCUACUGCAACUCCUGUCUGAACCCCGUCAUAUACACCAUCUUCAACCAGGACUUCAGGAAGGCCUUCAAGAAGAUCCUUUGUAAGAACACCAAGGGCACCUUCUUCUAGACUGGUUGAUCUGUAAGGACACCAAUGGCAACAUUCUUUUAGUAAAGGGGCCUUAAACAGAUUACCUGUAAGGUCAGUCCCUUCUUUUCAUCCCCCUCUAAACCUGUUGAGGAUUACAAAACAGCACAAAUAUUCUGUCCUUUUUUGAAAAUGAUCACUGAUUUUAGAUUCUAAUUGAGGACAUUACAAAGGGCUGCCGAUUCUACCGUGAACUGCUGCUGACUUUCCAAAUAGAAGGCGGACUCAGAAUAGCUGUAGAAAAGCUCACCUUGCAACAGGGUUAAAAAGACCUUGUGUAAGAAAGAAACUCUCUAAGGGCUUGUUUUAGUCCCUUGGUGCGUAUCUGCAGAAGUCCAGCUGUUACCUGGAGAACUGUGACGGCCCAUUGCAAGGACAUAGUGUGGGGAGAGUAUGUGCAAUAUAUGUUCAGUGACUUCUACUCUGGGGGGCUGUAGAAUGAUACUGUGUACUAAUCUGACCAUGGUAUUUUAUUAAAAGGUAGGAGGGAUGUUUUAAGGUGUGAGCAUCACAUAUUAUGCACAGAAAGUGGAUGCAGAGGAGGAAGAGAGGAGUGAAAGAAAACGACAUUUUGGCUUUUUAGUCACUCGUGACAUUAAGGACAUGUUGUUGUUGGUAAAAUGACAGUGUAGCGCUGCUCUCAUCAGAGUCUGAUUGACUGACUCAUAUUAAGGUUGUCUGGGAAAUCUGUUUAAUUUAAAAUUGAGAAACCUUUGUGUACAGAAGUACACCACUAGGGUUGUAAAAUUAUUUAAACGUUCAAUAAAUGCCAUUGUUUUCCUGAAAUCCCUGUUGGAAGAUUCCCAGAAUCAGGAGUGAAUAAGCAGGAAUUCCAGAGUCCUCCAGCCUGGAUUUCUGGGAAAACCAGGAAAUGUAUUGAAUGUUCCUGGAACCCUAUACACCACUGCUCACUGAGAACUCCUGAUCUACACACAACAUUCUUUAAAACAAUACAGUAUCCUUUAAUUAGCCGCCUGAAAAACGAAACAGAACAACGUGAGGAGAUGAUGUUUUGGAGAGAUAGAGGACUGAGAAUUAACCCAAAUACCUGUCAGCCUGUUUAAGUACCUCUCUCUAUCAGAGGGCAGAACCAUGAGGAAUACACAAGACCCAAGUCGUCUCUCAACUUAUGUCUGCAUAGUUACUUUUUUCCUGCCUCAGGAAUGGCAUGCGUUCCAGUAGAGAUGUUAUCCACAUGAGAGAUACAACAACAAGGCUUUUACUGUUCAACUCCCUCUCAAACGCUGAUCCCCACCACUGCUGUAGUGUCGGGCUUAGGCUAUAUUUUGAAAGACACCUUUGUAAAACAAACAUACCUUGCCUCUGGCUCUGUGAGGACAGCGGGUGCAUCUCAAUGGUCUAUUAUUGGUUCCUCUACUCGUGUGUUUUUCUUCAUCUGCACUGAAAAACAAAGGAUAUAGGUGAAUGCAAAAUAAAGGAUCAGGAAUUUGUUUCCACCUGCCCAGCUCUGGGUCGGUGCAGGUGGACUAAAAGAAGAUGAAGAGAAGAAACCACUUAACACACUCUCUAAAUGCCAAAUGGCACACUAUUCCCUUUAUAGUGCACAACUUUUGACCAGGGUCUAUAGGGCUCUAGUCAAAAGCAGUGCACUAUGUAGGGAAUAGGGUGCAAUUUGGGAUUCAGAGUGCCUCACAGAGAGCUUUUAAGGUACAGCUUUACCUCUCCCCCAAUAUCGCUACACUCUGUUUCCACAUUUUUUACAUUUACAUUUUAGUCAUUUAGCAGACGCUCUUAUCCAGAACGAUGCAUGUUCAUACUGGUCUACCUUGUUCCAUCAACAUCAACAUGGAUUGGGUCUGUACAUUUCAUCUAUUUAGCACAAUUCCAAGUGCUUAAGGCAUAUUGCAUUGUAAAGAGAAUAAAUACUUUCCCAAAUUGGGACAAGGAAAGCAAAUUCGGACGUUAAGAGAUUUUUGCAAUAUAGUCUUUUUUUAAUAUUAAAGACACUGGACAGUGACUGGCUAGCUUUGUUUGAGUGGAUUCACCUGAUUUCAGCCUGAAAGGACAUUGCUAUUACCGAACACACUUCUCCCCAUUGAACAGAACAGAGCAGAACAGUGGAUGUUAAUGAGAGGAGGAACUCAGCCACCUACCUGGCCUGACACAAACAUUUCAAACAGUUUGUGUCAAAAAAACUAGUUGAUAUUGAUUAUAACACUGAAAGCUCAUGUAUAUCCUCAACUGUUUCUGGAAGGACAUUCAUCCCAUAAGAUAAUGUAAUACUUUAUUAAUGAAUGAUUGAAAGAUGGAUUAAUUGAUUGAUUUGGGAAUGUGCCUGCACUGGCUGACUGGACUUCUAUCUGGCACUUUCCUUUAUUUAUGAGAGGUACUGUGACUCUUUAUGGUUGCUCUUUAUGUACAGUAUUUCUCAGAGACUGACAGGUCAAGAUGCUCUUUGUUUUUUCUCCCUCACAAAGGCUAUAUCUGUAAUUGUGAAUGCUGUGUUAUGACACUAUGGGACGAGGGCUGUCGGCAACAACCCCUUUACGCUCCUGUGGGAAAUUCUGCUUACCCUUGUGUGUGUGCGAGAGACUGUGUGUGUGUGUGUGUGUGUGUGUGUGUGUUUGUGUUUGAUAAGAGCCUGCAUGAGUACUGUGUGUUUGCUAAUGAUCCACUUCUAGUGGUACCAUCUGGCUGUUAUUGUAUACUGUGGAUGUCCUCACACUGGUAAGCACAGAAAACAGAUGUGGUGAUAGAGAAUCUGUCCAGAGAGCUCUCCCUGAGGGACACUAGUCACUAGAUGGCCUACUAGAAUGGACAAAAGGGAGAUAUACCAGAACUAUUUAGCAAGCACAUUAUCUAUUUGGUCUUCAUUUAUGGUUAUGGUAACUGUUAAGGAUCUGAGUAAGAUCAACGGUGAGGUAAGAGUUAGUUGCUGACAUUGCAUUUUGUGGUGAAAAUUGCAUUUUGUGGAACUCUGUCCUUUCAAACAUGGCCGUUUAGUGACCCCCGAGGGACAGAAGAGCCCUGGGAAACCAGCUGACACAGACAGAGAGGGACUCAUGCUCUAACGAAGGGCUGUGAUUGGAUAAGCUAUAUGUAUUAUUUAUUUAUUUUGAGCAGUUUUUGUUUUCUGUUCGUUUCAUAUUUAUAGUUUUUUUUCUUCCUGGUGGGCACUCCAAGCAAGGCAAAGCUAAUGUGAACAAAACAGAGUAAACACUGUAUAAAAUCUGAAUAUGUCGAAUGAGAUUCAUUUACUUAAUGUGAGCAGAGGAACAUGAUUCAGGAGUAGACCUAUGUAUGCAGAAGUUGGGGUUAUUUCUAUCGGAACUCAGUCAAUGCAGAAGAUAAAUGUCAUGAAUUGAGAAAAUCCUUUACAAUAUUGGUCAUGUGGAUUUGAAUGUCCUUGAAUUUCCUGCAGCUUAUUUUUGUAUGUAUUCUUUUUUACUUGUUUCUUAAACAGUUAAAAUGUUGGUUUGUACGAUACUUUACUGUGCUGAUGGAUGGCGCUAUAACAGUCUGUGGUUGCAUAACCAUGGAGCUCAGCAAACAACCGCCCCUGUGUUGGCACAAAUCGUUCUGCGACAAUAACAUUCUCUUGCAUUCUAGAAUGUGAUUGUCAUAGAACUUUUGGUGGCAACAGGGCGGCCAUGAAAUCUCAAUGUAUAUUGAAUCAUCAUUCUCCCUGCUCCUCUGUGACCUGCCUGGACUCUUCUUCUUCUUCUUCCCCUGCUGUGUUUGACCCUGGACUCCCUCCCUCUCCCCUCCAUUUAGAAAUAAAGCAGUUUAAAUCAACAUGGCAUGAUGUCAUUUCAAUCACUGAAUAUCAUGUAAUACUGUACUGCUAUGACGUUAAAGGCAACAUGAGUAAAUAGGCUUAGCCCACCACCACAUGGGAGUUAGAUUAUUAUACACGGACUCUUGGGGCUGGCCCUAAAUAUAGCAGACUUAACUGGAUCAAUCUUACUGUACUUUUAAAGUUUUGGAGAUGCCAAAAGCCCACAGUGUACUGUUAAAAAAUUGGAUUUAUAAUUUGGGAUCAUUUGUUUUUUAUUAUGGGACAAUUAUAACCUUGUGUACCCCAACACAUGUGAGCGGAAAUGAAGACGUAAUUUUAAAGUGGUUCAUUUUAACUGAGUAUAAGCCAAAAUUGUAAAGUCAUUUUCUGGAGCAUUCAAUUGGAGAGGAAUGUGUUGGGGUCACUUUAAAAUGUCCUUGUUUUUGAAAGAAAAGCACAUUUUUGUCCA